AUGGCGGCCUCCAACAACCCCUAUAAGCAAUACGUGCCCUCAGCAAAGGCUGCCUCACCCGCCCCCGUCGCAGCACACCCCUUGAGCCCGUCAACGCCGACAAGCAACCCUUACUUUGCCGCGGCCAACAAUCUCAACACCACCUCUACCAGGCAACCAACUCUGAUCCGCACAAGUUCCAUCAUUUCCGAGCUGGGCAUCUACUUGCCUUCCGUCACGAGCAGCAUAGAGGGUGAGAUACCGCGCAGGGGAUAGCCUUUUGCCCCCCCCCCCCCCCCCCCACCACCCCACUUCUCGGUCUGAGCUGACCUCGCGUAUACAUCCCGUGCAUUCGUAGCCCCUUCCCACGAUCCGAUGGCAUUGACACCUCUGCGAGCGCACUACCUCAAACGCGAACUCGUCACGCUCGGCUUUGCUUCCGAACUGAAGGCGUUCGGCUCGCCCAGCGCCGUCUCGUUGCUCGGACACCCCUUCCUCCCCGAGUCGCGCUUCAAGAAUGGCGUCCCGCUUCCCGAACCCAAACCUGCAUCGAUGGAGGCUUUGUCGCUGAAGAACAAGACCGAACAAGAGACGGUCGACCUCCCCUUCCUUCGCUUCGUCUUCCACCAAUUCGUCCUCACCUUCCCCUUCCUCGCCAAGUGUCCGCCGACCUUCUUCAGCCACAAGCUGCAACCUUUCGUCCACUCGUUCGUCUCGCGCAACAUCUCUGGCUCGGACGAGAGAGCCGAAGUGACCAGUCGUCGCAAGGUGCAGAACAAGAUCGAGAAGCAUUUAGGCCUCAUCAUGAGCGCCGCGAUCAAACUCGCCGAGAACGACGGCAAAGAAGAGGUCGUCCGAAUCGAAGACGACGGAUCGAUGCAGACCGCCGUUCCUGCCAGUCAAGCACCCAAAUUUGGCACUCCGUCAAAGGCGAACAAGGUUCAGGCUUUGGCCAAACCUCCGCCCGAGGCGGCGUUCUCGAUCAAUAUCGUUUCUGUACGCAAUUCGGUCGUCAAGGGGAGGGUCAGGAACAAGUCGCACGAAGAGUUCAUCAUUAGGACAAGGCAGAAGGGGCACAAGGAUGUCUAUGUCGCCCGGAGGUAUGGCGAUUUCGUCAGGCUGGCUGAUACGGUAUGUUCAUUCAGCGAGUGGUAGCAUAGGUAUGUAAUGAGAUGCUGACCAACAGAUACGGAUCCGUUUUUUUUUUGCAGCUCCGCAUCGAGUGCAUUGAGCAAGACGUCGCUUCCCCACCCAACAAGGAUCGUCGCAAGACGGAGAUGAAACCCGGAGGAGGAGGAGGAACACCGCCGAGCAACAACUCGCCACGACAAUCGAUCGACGAAUCGUCGUCGGCGCACAUGAGCGCGCCGGUCAAGUUGCGCAACAUCCCUUCCCUGGCCCGAGAGCGCAACCGAUUGACUCUUCGAGCCUACCUUCGCUCCUUGCUCAACAACCCGGUCUUGGCGGCUACGGGGGCGUUCCAGUCCUUCCUCGUCGAAUCACCGAUCGAAUUGUCCCCCAUGGAGAUGCGCGACGUCGAAUUGAGGGAAGAAAUGGAUCGAAUCCGUGAAGAAGAAGCGAGGAGCUUUCGAUCCGAAGUCGAUGAACGUGUCGCUGAAUUGGAGGCGUACCUUCGGACGUUCAGGGAACACUUGGUGCAGAGUGAUGGGUUGUCGAGGGUGUUUGCGACGAUUCGGCGGACGGAGAAGGUCGAGAACCUUCCUGUCGAGUACAGGAAGGUCUUGGAGUGGGCUAGGAUCUCGUGAGUUGCUCGUUGUCGCAUCAAGGUACAAAAAGAAGUGGGGUGGGACCAUAUUACUGAUAAGGGUUUUCUCGCACGGCUACAGCCUUGCAUCGACAAUCUACCAACUCUUCCUCGGCUCCGACAACUCGUCUUCAAUCUUUACGCAACUAAAGCGCAUCCACGGCAUGAUGCCCUACUUCAUGCUCCGAGGGAUCCUCAAGAUCUCCAAUCCCGUCGCAAUGGUUCGAGCCGUGCUGGACCUGUUCCUCGCCCGGCCCUUCGGUUCGAACAGUCUGUUGCAAAAGAUGUUCAGCAGUGGCUUGAACGACGAAGUUAGGGAGUUGAAGGACGACGCGACUUUGGUCGCGCACAAGAUUGAUGACGAAGUGUUGUGCGACAAGGUCGAGGGCUUUGUUGAUGCGUCCAAAGAGUAUCAGGAUCGGUGCAGGGCCGAAGCGAGUAAGUCUGAAGAGAGCUGCGAGUGUUGCAGACGAAAAAAGUUACUCACCCCCUCUCUGCCGGCUUGCAGAGGGCGAAAAUAUCGAUUUGAUGUCCGUUAUCUUACGCUCGGACCAGGAACCUCGCAUGGACGCGACGACGUUCGAGCGCGUCCAACGCGCGAGCGUCGCUUACGAGGAGUACAAGCAUGAGCGCGAUCAAUUAACCGAUCCCGACGAGGACGAGGGUCCUGAUAACGACGAUGCUUGGCUUUUCGAGGAUCUCCAUGUCUUGUUGAGGAUUUUGACCAAGGCGAGGGACAAGGAGCAGUUGAUCGAGUUGAUCUUUGAGGUCAGUCGUCGUCGAUCGACUAACGGUACCUCGUACUGUUAUUAACAUGUCUCGAAUUAUCGCUGUCACAGGGGAGUACCUCCGAGUUGCUCAAGGAUAUCGUCACGAUCUUCUACGAGCCAUUGGCCAAGGUGUACAAAGCGGCCAACAUUGCCGAUUCGCUUUCGGACCUGCAAACGUUCCUCAACGAUCUCAUCAAGACGGUCGAGUUCGCCGAAGACGCGAACCUCACCGAUCCACAGCAGACGGUGCAAAUCUUUGUCGACCUUGUCGGACGCCACGAGGCGAGGUUCUACCACUUUGUUCACCAGGUGCACAGCAAGGGCGAAGGGCUGUUCGACAACCUGAUGAAGUACAUUGAGUUGUUCAUCAACUUUGUGCGCGACGGUCUCCCGUCCGCCAUCUCGCUCGAAGCGCUCUUACCCGCUGGCGGUCAAGAGCGACAAGCGAUGAUGGCCGAAGUUGAUUCGAUCGUCGCGUACCACCAUCAACUCAAGAAGGCGCACCACGAUCGAUUGAGGAAACGCAUGCUCAAGGGCAAAGAGACGGAGGCCGACGCCGAUGCAGCUUUCGUCACGGGUGUGAUGGAGAACUUGCAUCUCGGUGGUAUGAUGGGUGAUGUCGCGGACGUGACGGCCGAAGCGAGCGAUGAAGAAGAUUUCGAAGAUGGUGGGAAUGCGACCUCGGAAGAUGAGGAUGAACCCCGCCGACCGAUCGAACUCGCUCUAGCUGCACCGCCUCGUUCGAACAACCCUUACAAAACGGCGAUGCUCGAACGAAUUCCGAUCAAGAACCCGGGCAAGAGGAAACGGCGACCGAUCCAACCGCCCGAACUGAAGUUGGUCCCUGCUCUGGUGCCGAUUUUCGUCGAAAUGGUUCGACCCGAGUUGCAAGCGGCGAGGAGAAAGACCAAGGCCGCUCUUGGGGUCUGA